AUGCAAGAGGGAGGAGUUGAGGUAGGGCUAGCGUUGAACUCGCUAUUCACACUGCUCAACUCCAGUCUUCUGCUCUUCUUGAUUCUUGGUAUGGCACUAUUCUAUUCAGGACUUACGCAGCGUAAGGCUGCGUUCCAGCAGCUAAGUUUCCCGUUGCUUGUCACGCUAGAAGUGAUGAUCCUCUGGUUAUGUUUUGGGUAUACUCUGAGUUUCUCAGAUACAGGCAAAACGGGUUAUCUUAGCGAUUUCGCACAUGUGGGUUUGAAAGAUAUGGGUGCUCUGGUGGUUUACCCAAAUUACCGAUACAAAGAUUAUACGACUCAAGUCUUUGGCCAGGUUUAUGCAGUUUACAAUGGAUUAUUUGCAAGUAUCACUGCAGUGAUAGCUAUGGGGUGUCUGUGUGAACGUGGGCGACUGAAACCAGCCUUAAUUUUUCUCAUACCUUGGAUGUUCCUUAUAUAUUGUCCUAUAGCAUACUGGGUGUGGAACCCUAACGGAUGGAUGCACAAAAAGCUGGACGUUCUGGACUUUGCUGGAGGAAACGCAGUCCACAUCGUUUCUGGAACCACAGCACUUGUUUAUUCGUGGUUUUUGGGGUACAGAAACGAGACCAGUCUUGUCGAAUAUAGGUCAAGCAACUUGGGCAUGGUUAUUUGCGGAGCGAUAUUUAUCGCCGUCGGAUGGUUAGGCUUCAAUUGUGGCGCACUUUACACCGUGAAUCCACUCACUGGUGUUAUUCUGUCCAACACCAUAACAAGCAUGGCUGUUGGCGGGCUUAGCUGGAUGGGGCUGGACUACUUAUAUCAUAGAAAUGGACGGAUCUCGGCUGUGGGGCUGUGUUCCGGCUGCAUAGCAGGGUUGACAGCAAUGACCCCAUGCACUGCGUACAUAAAUUUUUGGUCCAGCUUUGUGGUAGGCUUACUGAGUGGUGUACUUUGCAAUGUCGGGACCCGGCUCAAGUUCUGGCUGAAAAUUGACGACUCGCUGGACAUCGGAAUUCACCUAUUCGGGGGUAUUGUGGGGAACCUGCUAGUCGGCCUCUUUGCCGACAAGAACGUUGCGGCCCUGGGCGGCCUGUCGAUUAAAGGAGGCUGGAUCAACCGGCAUUUCAUUCAGCUGCUACAACAGUUUAUCAGCUCGCUGGUGGUGACAAUGUACGUCGCAGGCGUCUCGUUCGUAAUUCUGGCUAUCCUGGUCCGCCUGCCUGGUUGCAGACUCCGUCUCGACGAGGCCGGCGAGCUUGAAGGCUCGGAUUACGCUGUUUUCAGCUCUGAGUACAUUGCCGACUACGUGGAGUUUGUGCGGCAGCUGAACCCGGACGAUUACAAGGAAGACUGA